GUUUUUGGGUAAGAAUGUGUUGGUAUAACGCACACACACACACAUCAUGGGUUCAAACCCUCCCCCUCGUGCUACCUACCUAACUCUGUCGGCUCUCGGCCGUGUCAGUCAGUCAUGUGUUGAUUGAUGGAUACAUGUCACGACGGGGCUGAGGCCUGCAGACCAGCAAAAGACUGCUCGCUAGGGCUGGCCACCUCCAGGCUGCGAACGACACGUGCCCCCGCGGCCGGCCACACGUGACGGACCAGACAGACUUGUCAAUGGGAUACAUGGCCAGGCAGACCAUUCUAUCUGUCCCAUCCCCACAGAAGCAUCCAUGGCAUUAGACACACGAAUCACGCCAUCCCCCCACGCCCGCUCAGCCCGUCACGAGGGCCUAUCCUUCCCACACACUCAUUCCCUCUGUCAGUCAGUAUGUCUAUGUCUGUCAGUCUGUCUGUCUGCAGACGAACACACGCCAGCCGGACCUAUGCUUCAAAACCCGCUCCUAGGCACAUCACUCACUCACUCACUCAGCCAACAACUCAUUCACCACUCAUCCUCCUCGUUGUCAUCGGUGGCACCACCGCCGGCCCCACCACCACCGCCCGCGACAGGUGCGGGUGCAGGCAUCACCCACCUGCGGACCUCGCCACGCUGCUCGUCUGCUGCUUGCUCCUCGGUGGGCUCGGUGCUGCUGCUGGCCAUGCUGGCACUGUGGCCGUGGGAGGGGGUGGGGCCAGGCGCCUUGGGCACAUAACGCUGCAUACACACAUAUGCACAGAGAGACGCGGGGGUGGAUGGAUGGAUGGAUGGAUCGGUGCCUCUUUGUUCGUGUGUAUGUGGUGCAUGUGGGGUGGUGUGGUGUUUGUUCACCUGGCUGCCCCCUCUGCCACCCGGUGCGGGUGGCGGCAUUCCUCCGCCCCAUGAGCCGCCCCCUCCUCCUCCCCCUCCCCUGUCGCUGCUAUUCCUACGGUGUCUACCGGGCCCCUUGAUGUGUCUGCGAUUCUGGCCCUGGCCCUCUCCACCACCACCCUGCUGCUGGUGCUGCUGUUGUUGACCUUCCGAGCCCGCCUCGUCAUACAUGGCGCGCUUCCACCCUUUGCCCCCUCCCCCGCCACCUCGUGUGCUCUGGUUCUGCCGCCCCCCUCCGAUGAGAUUGUCCUUAGCCGCCGCCUUGCGCUUCCACACCGUCUUGUGGUUGCCGCCUUGACCCUGGGCCUCACUGCCUGGCGACAAUUGCUGCUGCUGCUGCUGCUGCUGCUUGGAGCCGUUCUCGUGCUGGUGCCGGAGUUGGGAAGUGGUGGGCUGGCUGUGUCUCUCUGUUGUUGUGUGGCGUGUGUUGGCCGGGAAUGGAGCAGCUGCUGGGGCAGGUGCAGGUGCAGGUGCAGAGGCAGGGGAUGGGCCUGGGGUGUCUCUGCUGCUGGUGCUGCUGGUGCUGGGGAUGGCGUGACGCGAGGCGGGCGAGCUCGAAGGCGAGUUCGCGUUGAUGACGACCUUCAUGGCCGACCUAAACACCGCACCGGGCCUCUCGCGCGACGAUCUUCCUCUCCCCCUGUCAUCCCCACCACCACCACCACCGCGCCUCUCCUCUCUCUCUAUGGGGGAUGAGCGCCCCUGCAGAAUGGACAGCAGCUCUUUGCCCGCUUCAACGCCCUUGAGUCUGGCUCCCGUGGAUGACGCCUGUGUGCUGUCGGCUGUUGUGCUGUCGUGUUGUUGCUGUUGCUGAUGUUGCUGAUGUUGCUGAUGUUGCUGAUGUUGCUGAUGUGGCUGUGCGAUGGGGUGUGGGGCGUUCUUUAGUGUGUCGAAGAGGCUGGGCGGGGAGACGAUUGUCGGCGUGGUGUGGGAGAAGGGGAUGGGCGGGAUGGUCGCGCGAGAAGAAUGCUGCACCCACAUGACAAUGAACAUGACAAUGUCAUGUAUAUGUCAAGAGAGCUGUGAGGCCUCUUCCCGUGCACACUUACCAUUCCGUUGUCCCUGUCAGUGUGCCCAUUCCUCCCCCCGCCCUCUUCCCCCACCCCCACCUGCUGCUCCUGCCCACGGCCCCCACCAUUGCCCGCACCCUGGGCAAGUCCAGAAGUCUCACGCAACCGCUCAAGCACAAAACUGAUCCCAUCGUCACCACCAUGAUGGUUUUCGCUUCUGGCCGCCACACCGCUCUCCUGCCCCUGGGCCUGCUGCUGCUGUGCUUGUGGGGGGAACAACGCUGCCAAUGAUGGGGGCAGCUGCGCGCCGGGCGGUCGCGGCGGGGGUGCAGUCACGAGUGGCACCGUCAUGGGGGCAGGGUGUGUUCGCGAGGGAAUCGACGAGCCGCUGGCCGACUGGCUGGGCGAUGGGCGAGAGGAGGGGUGGGAGUGCAGGGCUGCGAAGGGGUCGUGAUGGUGCGGCUGGGUGCUGGGAUGGAUGUGGGCGGUGUGGGUCUCGCUGUGGUUGCGCCCCCAGGGAGGAGCAUGCGUGUGGGUGUGAGUGUGCGGCCAGCCGGGCUGCGACGCGCUCGAAGAGACCGCUCUGAGGUCCCGAUGGUUGUGGCCGUGGCUGCCGUCACCCCGCCCUGCCCCUCCGCUUUUGGCCAUUUCCUGUGAGAUGAGGUACUGGAGCAUCUCGCGGCCAUUCUCGUCGAGCUGGUUCAGGUGCUGCAGCAGCUGAUUGUGGCUCAUGUGCUGAUACUGCUGAUACUGCUGGUCCUGCAACUGCUGCAGGUGCUGCUGCUGCUGCUGAUGCGCUUCAUGGUGGCCAUGGUGGGAGGGGUAGCCGUACGCCGACGAGGGCGAGUCUGGUGAGCCGGGUCGCCAGUCGAUGGGUGGGGGGUGUGUCGGGGGCGGCGGGUACAUGUAUGGCUGCAUCGCCGGGGGGCCGGCAGGGGCAGGAGGGUGGGGGUGGGGAAAGAUCCCUCUCCCUGCUGCUGCUGCGGGUGCUGGAGGGGGCUGGUAGCUACUCGAUGGGGGCGGGCGAGACAGCGCAUCAACCUGAGGAAGGAACAGAAUUAGUAGGACACACAGAGAGGGCCCGGCGCACUGUGUCUUGGGGGCGGCGCGCUGACUUUGGCUUUGAGUGCAGCGUCGGGUGUGUAUCCCGCCUCCUCCAUCUCACGAACGUACGCACGAGACAGUCCUUCGUCGCCACAACUGCACACGCGCACCGCGGGGCACCCCAUAGACACAACAGACGAUUCCUUUGCCUCGUGUAUGUGUGUGUGUGUGUGGCUGACUUGACGGCGGUAGUGAGUAAGAGGUUGUAUGUCUGUGGCGCGAUGGGGAUGUUGGAGGCAUUGAGGUCGUCCAUCACCUGCACCGCCACAUCCAACUGCUGAUGACGCGCCGCCCUGAGAGCAUUCACAAGGACACACAUGCCCAUGGUCAUCCAAGCAAAGCAUCUUAGGACUUCUCUCUGUCUGCACUGCAUAUUGUGUUGUCGGGUACUCACUCCUUGAGUAUUUUGACGGCCUCCUUGUUGCCGUCGAUGAACCGCCGAUGGUGGUCCAGAUUCGCACCCGAUAACGGGGGCGUGCCCGCAUCAGCACGACCCGACACACCCGCACCCCUGACACCACCGUCUGCCGCUACCGCUCCCUCCUCUCUCUGCGUGGCGAGGGUGGUGCUGUCACCCGUCACACGCGGCUGCUUCUUCUCCUCCUUGUUGUGUAUGCGGUGCACGGCCUCUCGCACCAGAGCCAUCAGCACACGCUCCAUCAAACUCCCGCCCUCCUCUGCUACCGGAACCUCUGCGCUUUCCACCCCAACACCAGCACCAGUAUCGACCGUGGCCGUGGCUGUGGCUGCUGCAGUAGGUGGUGGGGGUGGGGGUGGGGGAGGUAUGGCGUCGGCGACUCCGUGCUGCUGCUGCUGCUGCUGCUGUGGCGGUGGGGGCGGCAGUUGUGUGACGGGUUUGCCGACGUUGUGUACUUUGCGUAGGGUGGACCGGGAAGGGGACCCUGCCAGAGGGAUGGGCGGCGGGGGCUGGGUGGGCAGUGCCGGCAGGGCACCCAGAAACUGACAUACAUGAGGAGGACAAGAGAAGAAAGAAACGUAUGAGAGAGAGAAAGGGUCUCUGUGUGCUGUGCUGUGCUGUGUUGUGUUGCGUACCUCUGAUGGAAUGACUUGUGGCUGUGGCGACCCGACAGACGGUGCCGUCCGUGACUCCAACAUCGCCUCUACGCUGUCCUCCCCCUCAAUAUGCAGAUGACGCCCCUUAGAAACACCAGCAGCAGGCGCAAGACUUGCCGCGGCCGCCUCCAGCGGCCCCCUGACGUCCAAACCGCCCAUCCUCUCCAUAAUCGCAUCCACCCCAGCAACGCCACCGAUCCCAACACCCUCAUCAUGGCCACCAUCCAAGGGCGUCGCGUGUGUGAGCACCGAUGUGCUAUCAGCAGCCACGAGAGGGGGCUGCGUAUGCACCACGGGCAACGGCAAUGGCGCCAGUGGUGCAGGCGCUGCCGUUGCUUGUGUGGGUGAUUGAGUGUCGACUGGAGGUGCCGGUGCCGGUGCCGGUGCUGGCGGGGGUGGGGGAGGAGGGGGCGGCGGGUGUGCGGGGCACGGAACCGGGGAUAUCACCGACGGCGGGGCCGCCGAGGGCAUCCCGAACUGGUGCGCCUGCAUCACCGGCAGCCAACCUUGCUGCUGAAUUAAUUGCACAGACACACCACACACCACCCACAGAUUCACAGAUUGAUUCACAAGUUCCAUGCGUUUGUGGUUAUGGGUACCUUACCUCCAUGGCUGGUUUGGUGUUCUGUUUGGUGGUCUGUUUGGCGGAUCGGUCGUUGCGGCGAGAGGGCCUGGCGCCACGGGUGGCGGGAGAGCCUGGACCUGCCGCAUUGGGGGCCGAGGGCGAGAAGGGAUGCCGACCCUCAUAACUGACAUGGGCAUACACACACACACACACACAGAGAGAGAGAGAGAGAGGGAUACCCAACGCGCACAAGACAAGAUUCUCCCCUCCCCCUGUUUGUUUGUUUGUGGAUGGAUUGCGUUGCGUGUGUUGUGUACCCCACCCUCUCUGUUGCUCGGCGAGUCUUCGCAUCCCUGCCCGGGCCGGAUCAAAGACGAGCUUGAUGCCGUCGGCGCCAGGCGGCCGCUCGCCAGACAAUUCACCCAGCUAUAAACGCGCGGCGCACACACAUAGCAUACAAGGAGGGGAUCACCCAUUCACCCACCUACUUACCAUGCUCCUCCGCACCCGCAGCAUGGUGUGCACAGAGUAGCGGCAUUCCCUCUCCCUCUCCCGCCCCAUCACGGCCGUCCGUGAGGGCGGCAGCAGCCCGUACGCCGUCGGCGGCCGACUGGGAGGCAACGGCAUCCCCCUCCCAGCCCCCAUCGGAGGACGCGCCACCGAAUGCGUCGUAUGUGUGGGGGGCCGGCGGGGCGGCAUUUGGGCAGCGGCAAGAGGGAGGGUGGGCGUGCCGCCACGGGGUGAGAUGAAGGCCGGGUCGGCGGUAUGAUGCUGUUGCUGCUGCUGAUGCUGCUGAUGGUGCUGUCUGGGGUGGUGGUCACGGUGAGGGUCUUCUCGGCGGCUGGCGUGGUUGUUAUCUUUCUUGGUCUUCUUCUCUUUGCCACUGGCGCGUUGCGAGGCUCUGUCAGAUUGUCGCUGCUGCCGCGGCCGGCCCGACACCACAAACCACACCAACGCGCAUAUCUGCAGCCAGACGAACAAACGCCGACAAGACAACACACCACACCAUACCAGCGAAGAAGCCUGGACAGAUCUCUCCAUCCAUCUCUGCAUCCUAUCCAUGAGUGUGUGCGCAUCUUCCACCCACAUGGAUGAGCGAGUGGAUGAGCUGAGUAUUGCUUUGCUUACCAGCGGCACGGCGAUUCGGAUGACCCAUACGAUGAUGUUCAUGACCUGCAUCGUCUGGCUGCUGUGUGUGUGGCCGCCGCCGUCCUCCGUUGCCACGGCGCCAUCGCCCGGUCCGCCUGGCGCAAAGUAUGAAGAACCCCCAUCCAUUUCCUCCACAAACGACACGCAGCCGUCCGUCACAACACCGUAACGACUUGGCGCAGAAUGGAACGCACUUUCUC